AUGUCGCUCGCUGCGGCCGUUCACAACGUUCUGGAUGAUCACAAGCAAGGAGAAGAGUCUAACGCUGGUUCAAAGUUGCGAGAUGGUGCACAGAGACUGAGCCCUCAUCUCCAAGUCCCACCGAAACGCCGUUCUUCGGGCUAUGGCUCGACACCAGGCUCUCCAGCUGGACGCACGGGUCCUCCAAACUCUUCUUUUCCAAUCUCACAAUCGACCACGAGCACCAACAAGGGGAAAGGGCGGGCCAUUAACUCUGACGACAUGUCACCUCCGAGCCGUACAAACAGUCAAGGCGAGGUCGUUAGUCCGUCUCCAGAGAAUAGUGAUGAAGAGGAAGCUAGACUGGCGGAUCCUUACCGCAAGAAAUUCAAGCGGAGUCCGAGCGGAUUCCGAAGUGCUUGGGAAUACGGCGAGCAGGAGACACCUGGAACGGCACGCAUGAAGAGACAACGUGACAGUUGGAUCGACGUCGAAGCGUGGAACCCAAUCAAAUGGCUAGGCCUGACGGAGGCGGACGAAAACGCUAGUGCCGAUAAGCAAGCGCAGGCUGAAACGGGCGAACCUCUGUCCAAAGAGAAAUCAGACGGAGAUCGAGAGGCGAAACCUGCUCCUGACGAGAAUCCAAUGCGUACCGAUUCUCCAGAGCCAGCUACAGAGGGAGAGGCGGAAAAGGUGGACAAACUGAAACCAGAGUCAUCGAAACAAAAUCGCCCGCCCCGCUCCUUUUCACUUCCCCACAUGAAGACGGCGCCGACGUGGAGUCGUCUCAAGGCUCUUCUCCCUCAGGUCGUUGGCACUCAGGGCCCUGCGCAGUCCCCUACUGUAGCGCACAAGCGGCAGGAGGUUGACAUCAUUCAUGAGUUGACAUACUCUGGGCUUGGGCCCCUCCUCCUUCGCAUGUGGUUCGAACGCGAUGAGCGGGACGAACGUCGAGUGCCUAUUCUUAUGCAUCAGUUGCGAAUUCGCGUGAGUGAUUCGAUAUAUCCUCUCAGCAACAGCAAAGCAGUCUUUCGUAUUGAAUGCGAAUACGCAAACGGCGCAGCUCGCUGGGUCAUCUAUCGACAGCUUCGAGACUUUCGAAAACUCAACCGGCAUUACCGACUUGCCAACUUUUAUACCCUGAACGAAAUCAAACUACCCGAGUUUCCGAGCAGUAGCAUCAGCAAGAUUCACUUCUAUCGUCUCAAACGCGAGAAGGGAUCCGCCGCUGCUCGUAUGGAGUUUGCGAAGAUGCAACGUCAGAUUCUAGAAAAUUACAUUAUUGGUAUGAUCAGGGCAGUGCAAGCUCCAACCGACUUGCGCGGUUCCUUGAAGUCUCCGCGCUUUCUAUCGCUCUUGCUCACUCUGGAGGCCCAGCUCAAAGCGGGGAUACUCAAAAUUGAGCCAAGCGGUAACAAGAAGGACUAUGCAAGGAAAGGAACAGGUUGGAGAGAGCGCCGUAAAGGUCGCUGGUGUGCCGUUCGUGAUAGCUACCUAGUUAUUGUGAAAGAAGCGGGAGAGCUGGAAAUUUACGACGUCUUCCUGCUUGACUCCGAGUUUACAGUGGAGCGCCCAACAAGAUACUAUCGACAAGGCUUGCGUGCCAUUCAUCUUGAAGAGAAGCCCAAAGGCAAUCGCCUUUCAAAAGUGCUGCAUCGACAUGACCAUGCCAACGAGAAGGGCGAUGAAAAGGAAGCAAACACCGAAGAGUCGGCUCCGAAGAAAUCCUUGGCCGCUCAGAUACUGGAAAAGCGGAAGAACGACAUCAAAUCGAAAGAUUUUGCCAAUGGGGAUAAAUCAGAACAAGCCAAUGGAACUACAGUUCCCACAGGGGAUAGUCAUGAAGCUCAUACCCAUCAUCAUCAUCAUCAUCAUCAUCACCACCACCAUCAUGUCGAGGGUGAAGAACACGAGCAUCACGAACACGGAAACCAUGGAGGUAAUAGUCCAAUUCGCGGUACCUAUAACGGCGGCACCAUGCGCUCCAGGGCAUCCCAUGGACGCCGCAGUUCAGUCUCCACUGCUCGUUCAACAAUUCUCGGACGGUUAAGGUCGAUCCGGUCCAACAAAGGGAGCUCAAGGAGAAGGAGUAGCUCGACAGACUCGUUAUCGUCACAUUCCUCCAGCUCAUCUGCUACUAGUGAUAUGGUCGAGCCUGCUUACCGUGACCCGUCGACACAUGUCAAUAUUAUGACAAAUAGGCACAAGCAAGGUGACGAAGGCAUGACGAAUGAGGACAAGCGAAAGCAAAGAGACCUCUCCCAUCACACGUUCUUUAUCGAGAAUUCCCAGAUGCGACUCAAACUUGUUGCAAGGACCGAGCGGCAAACCAAUCAAUGGAUCUCUGCCCUGGAGAGAAUGAAGAGCUCCUCUUAUUGGUACGGCAAGAAUAGAUUUGAUAGUUUUGCUCCUAUACGACUCAAUGUCGCGGUUCAAUGGCUCGUUGACGGGCGCGACUAUUUCUGGAACCUAUCACGAGCGAUUCAAUUAGCGAAGAAGUCGAUCUACAUCCACGAUUGGUGGCUUUCUCCAGGUACUUAUGAUCUCCUUUACCAACUCUGCCUCAUGUUUCGUCCAGAGCUGUAUCUCAGACGGCCCGGCAAGGAGAGCUAUCGGCUUGACAAGCUGCUCAAGCGCAAAGCUCAAGAGGGUGUCAUGAUUUAUGUUAUAUUAUACAAGGAGGUUUCAAAUAGGACGACGCCUACAGAUAGCAAUCACUCGAAACAGGUCCUCAUGGGACUUCAUCCUAAUAUCAUGGUCCAACGGUCGCCUUCACAUUUUGCGACGGGUACCUUCUACUGGGCCCAUCACGAAAAGAUGUGCGUCGUCGACGAGACAAUUGCCUUUAUGGGAGGCUUGGACGCAUCCAGAGGGAGCCAGAUCUGGCUAGGCAAGGACUACAGCAAUCCUCGAGUAAUGGACUUUCACAACCUGGAAAAACCAGAGCAAGACAUGUACGAUAGGUCCAAAGUUGCUCGCACGACGUCUCGCUGCAAGUCGUCGGUCAGCCCGCCAGAGACCUAUGCCGACAUUUCGUUCAGAGGCAAGCGCUACGCUCAACAUAGCGACCACAUUCACAUUCUCUACAGGUGGAACUUCCUGCUUCGCGUCAAGAACCACAGCCGACAAAUGCCAUUCCUUCUUCCUCCACCGGAAUUUAAGCCUGGCGAGCUCACAUCUCAAGGACUAACGGGAACUUGUGAGAUGCAAAUUGUUCGCUCGGCAGGCCCGUGGUCCAUGGGUACUUUAAACAAAGUCGAGCACUCAAUCCAGACAGCAUAUCUCAAAGCAAUCCAAAUGUCGGAGUAUUUCGUCUACAUUGAGAACCAAUUUUUCAUCACUUCGACCGUAGUCGGGGAUGUCGAGAUUGAGAAUAGAAUUGGAGAUGCCCUGGUACACCGAAUCAUCCGCGCUCACCGUGAAGGCACGAAGUGGCGGGCUUGCAUUCUCAUCCCAUUGCUGCCAGGCUUUACGUUCCCUGUCGACCACGAGAGUGCAAGCGCUAUACGCAUUAUUUUGGAAUGCCAAAACAGGACAAUCAACCGUGGCCCCAACUCCAUCUUCUCUAAAUUGCGCAAAGAGGGUAUUGACCCUGAUGACUACAUCACUUUCUUCUCCCUGAGAGGCUGGGGAAAGCUACCAGGAGAAGUUCUCACUACUGAGCAAUUGAUGAUUGUGGAUGACCGCCUGGCAAUUAUCGGCAGUGCAAAUAUCAACGAGAGGUCACAAAGAGGCGACCGUGAUUCUGAGCUGGCGGCAGUCAUCCGUGAUACAGAUCUGAUUGACGGGACCAUGGGCGGAAAGCCGUUUAAGGUCGGACGAUUUGCUCAUACCCUGCGAGUGCGCCUCAUGAGAGAACAUCUUGGCAUCGACGUCGACUCGCUCUAUGAGGAGGACAUUGAACAACAGCCAGACUCUGUCGAACCCCCGGCCAAUCCCGGGAAUACUCAAAGAUGGGAUCCGGAUAACGAACAAGAGGAUAUAUCACCCGAACAUCCCAAGCUUGAGAAGGAGGACUUUAAACCUAUCAAGGGUGAGACAUCGGCUGUAUCUCGUAUGGUGCAACUUGCAGCUGGUAAUAUCCAGCAAGUCUUCUCUGGCGUGGACGCCGCAGUGGCUUAUGGUCAAAGUGAGGCGGCUCAUGAUAUAGGAAUUGCUCCUGGACGAGAGCACGGCAUCACUGGAGACGAGGGCCUGAAUAAGGAGCGCCAAACAUAUGGUCGCGAUGGGCAACUGGAGCCGGGUUUCGCGUCAUCUAAAGUUCCAACCCUCGAGGAGAAGACGGUAGCGGAGAAGCGCCCCCACGAAACUUCAGGCGACAAGCCAUUGGCAGAGGCAAUUGAAAAGGGGGUCGCUGGUCCCAACCCAUUAUCCGGCAAGACGCAAGAUGGAGAAUUGUACGCUGCACCCGCGGACGCCAUGCCGGGCGACACUGAGCCACCUCAUGCACGAACACCCUCCAAAGAGGAUGCAGACGACCAAGAAAAGUCUGCUGUACGAGCAAGGAUGCUUCUUCGACAACACUUGACUGUGCCGUAUGGAACAAAGAACUGGACAAUCCCAACGCCAGCCCCCAUCAUCGAUCCGCAUGGAUUCGAUGACCCUAUCAGUGAUCAUUUCUUCAAAGAUGUCUGGAUCGCAGCAGCAGUGCACAAUACAGAGAUUUACCGACAAGUGUUCCACGCCGUACCCGAUGAUCUCAUCACGACUUGGAAGCAGUACAAGGAGUUUGUGGCUCAUCACGAAAGACUGCAGAAGCCUGUGCACGACCCAAAUACAGACAAGGACAAAGCCGCGACGGCAGACAAGAAUGCCGACGACAAGUCUGAUCGACCUGCAGUUGGACGCGUUCCGUCAGAAGGAGGGAAUAGUGAGAUUGGAGUCGUGGUGACGGAUACGGACGCCAAAAAUGCGGCUCAAGAUCAACUAGGCAAAGACCCCGACGCGAAUGUUCGAGAAAAUCGGACACCAGAUGUCAGUAGUCACAGCAAGGCUCCGAGCGUCACCUCUGGUAGAUACGAGGAGGGCUCGACCUCGGCUUCGCAGCAGUCACAGCAGACCAAGAAGAAGCCCACUGGACCGGACGAGCCGUUUGAACCUUGGGAGCGAGAGUAUAUGGAAGAGCUGCUAAACGACGUCAAGGGACACCUCGUACUGUUCCCUACUCGGUUCCUGGAGGGAGAGGAUAUAGCCGACAACUUCUUGUUCAACGCCGAUCGGCUACUUCCCUUGCCCAUUUACAACUAG